AUGAUGCUCUUCUCCCUUGCCGGCCUGCUGGCCGUCCUACCAGUGGUCUCCAUGAAGAGCCCCAUCUUCGGACCCCAGGAGGUGAGCAGAGUGGAAGGCAGCUCAGUGUCCAUCACAUGCUACUACCCAGACACCUCCGUUAACCGACACUCCCGAAAGUACUGGUGCAAGCAGGGAGCCAAGGGCCGUUGCACAACCCUCAUCUCAGACAGCUACAUCUCCAAGGACUAUGAGGGCAGAGCCAACAUCACCAGCGACCCAAAGAGCAACAAGUUUGUGGUUCGCAUUGACCGUCUCACCCAGAAUGACUCUGGGCGCUACAAGUGUGGUUUGGGCCUUGUUAACCAAGGCCUGUUCUUUGACGUGAGCCUGGAGGUCAUCCCAGGUCCUGGGCUCCAAAGUGGCACUCAGUUCUAUAUAGCAGAGCAGGGCAGAACAGUGACCAUCAACUGCCCUUUCACGUCUGAGAAUGCCAUGGAGAAGAAGUCCGUGUGCAAGAAGAUAGGCGAGUCCUGUGUCCUAGUCAUCGACUCCAGUGGGUAUGUGAGCCCCAACUACUUCCACAGAGCUCACCUCACUAUUCAGGAUACCAGCCAACUAGCAUUCAUCUUUAUCAUCAACCGACUCCAGCUCAGUGAUACCGGGAUAUAUGUCUGCCAGGCUGGGGAUGAUACUAGAGGUGACCAAAGCAAUGUUAAACUCCAGGUGAUGAAGCCUGAGCCUAAGCUGCUUUAUGGAGACCUGAGGGGCUCAGUGUCCAUUGACUGUACCCUGGACCCUGAGGUGGAACAUCAAGCUAAAGUUCUGUAUCUGUGCCGGGUGAGCAAUGGGAACGACUGUGAAAUGAUCAUCAACACCCAGGGGCAGAGGGCUCAGGCCUUUGAGGGGAGGAUCCUGAUUGUUGCCAAGGUUCAGGGCUCCUUCAGUGUGCAUAUCAAUGGCCUGAGGAAAGAAGACGCAGGGAGCUACAUGUGUGGAGCCCACUCUGAUGGUGAGCCUCAGGGAGGCUGGCCCAUGCAAGCUUGGCAACUCUUCGUCAAUGAAGAGACGACGAUUCCCCGUAGUCCGUCUGUGGUGAAAGGUGUGGUAGGAGGCUCUGUGGCUGUGCCCUGCCCCUACAACCCUAAGGACAAAACCAUCUCGAAGUACUGGUGUCGCUGGAAUGAGCAGAAUAGCUGCCCACAGCUGGUGAGCAGCAAUGGGCUUGUUAAGGGGCAGGAAGCAGUCUACGAAGGCAGGCUCACCCUGCACGAAGAGCCAGGCAAUGGCACCUACACAGUCAUACUCAACCAGCUCACCACCCAGGAUGCUGGCUUCUACUGGUGUCUGACCGGCGGUGAUAUUCACUGGUGGUUCACAGUGGAGCUCCAGAUCGUCGAAGGAGAGCCAGACCUCAAGGUGCCCCAGAAAGCCACUGCUUGGGAGGGACAGACUCUCACAGUGCCCUGCCACUCGCCGUGCAAAUACUUCUCCUACGAGAAAUACUGGUGUAAGUGGAGCAACCAAGGUUGCAAGGCCCUGCCCAGCCAAGACCAGGGCUCCAGGCAGGCCUCCGUGAACUGUGACCAGAACAACCAGCUCACCGAACUGGUCCUGAACAAAGUCACCACGCGCGACGAGGGCUGGUACUGGUGCGGGGUGAAGGAGGGCCCCCGAUUCGGAGAGACCGCGGCUGUCUACGUGGAGGUCAACAGGAAGGCGAAGGGGUCCCAGGAUGUCAGCCGAGGGAAUGCGGCUCCUGGUGAGGCGGUGGUAGAGCCGAGUGUCCGGAAGAUCCCGAGCAAAGUUGUUCCGGAUCCCAGCCUUUUUGCAGAGGACAGAGCAGCGAAGGCUAGUGAAGACGAAGCUGACAAGAGCAAGGCGCCUGCAGACUCCAGCAGCUCUGCAGGACAAGGAAGGAGCUCCACCGUGCUGGUCUCCACCCUGGUGCCCCUGGCCCUGGUGCUGGCACUGGGGGCUAUGGCGGUGGCGGUGGUUAGAGCCCGGCACCGGAGGAACGUUGACCGGGUUUCAAUAGGAAGCUACAGGACAGACAUUAGCAUGUCGGAUUUUGAGAACUCCAGGGAUUUUGGAGCCAAUGACAACAUGGGAGCCUCCCCGGUCACUCAGGAGACAUCUCUUGGAGGAAAAGAUGAGUUCAUGACCACCACCGAGGACACUGUGGAGACUGAAGAGCCCAAGAAGGCCAAGAGGUCCUCCAAGGAGGAAGCUGACAUGGCCCACACUGCCUUCCUGCUCCAGGCCAACAGCAUGGUGACCGACGUCCAGGAGGGCCCCAGCGAAGCCUAG